AAAUCAUAAAUUUGAUAAAAAAAUGGAUAUCCAGGAAAAAGAAAACUAGUCUAACACUGCGUAGAAAGAAGGCCCAUUGAGCCCAAAUAGAUGCAGAAGCAGAAGCAGCAGGAAGUGAUAAUGUGCUUCUGUUCUGCAAUCAACACCGACAACACAGAAAGAAAUACACGACACUGUUUCUCAAUCCAAAAGUUUUGGAUAUUAUCAUUUUUUUUUAAUAACCAAAUGACGGCGCUACUAGACUCCUCACCAGCACAUUUCUUUAAUUAUCCCAACUUCUCCUCAUCUACAAACACUUCUAUAUCUUUCUCUGCUUCUCCUCAACUCCCGGAAGGGGCAGGCGCUGACCGGUCCCGAGAUCGCCGGAAGGUCGUCCGAAUCGCCUGGGAGAAGCUUGUCCGAUGGUCCCGCUCUUGGCGCAAAAAGAACAACACCACAGAUGUCCUCCAACGCACCAACAAGGUAGCGGUGCUUGGAGGAGGUUCGUUUGGUACAGCUAUGGCUGCGCAUGUUGCUAAUAGGAAGUCUGAGUUAGAGGUCCACAUGCUUCUACGUGAUUCUUUCGUUUGUCAAUCAAUCAAUGAAAACCACUGUAACUGCAAAUACUUCCCUCAACACAAGUUGCCAGACAAUGUGAUUGCCACCACUGAUCCUAAAUCUGCUUUGCUUGGCGCAGACUACUGUCUACAUGCUGUGCCUGUUCAGUCUUUUAACAACUUAAUGCAGUUCAGCUCAUCGUUUCUUGAGGGCAUCGCAGAAUUUGUUGAUCCAGGCUUGCCUUUUAUAUCCCUAAGCAAAGGCUUAGAGCUCAACACCUUGAGGAUGAUGUCUCAGAUUAUUCCUCAAGCAUUAAACAAUCCUCGCCAGCCGUUUAUUGCACUCUCUGGACCUUCAUUUGCACUGGAAUUGAUGAAUAAGUUACCAACAGCAAUGGUAGUGGCAUCUAAGGACAAAAAAUUGGCAGAUGCUGCUCAACAGCUACUAGCUUCUUCUCAUUUAAGAAUCAGCACUUCAAGUGAUGUUACAGGGGUGGAAAUUGCAGGUGCCCUUAAAAAUGUGCUUGCUAUAGCAGCGGGAAUUGUGGAAGGAAUGAAUCUUGGUAAUAAUUCUAUGGCAGCUCUUGUAGCACAAGGUUGUUCUGAGAUCCGCUGGCUGGCUACAAAGAUGGGUGCAAAGCCUGCAACAAUUACUGGUCUGUCGGGGACGGGAGACAUUAUGCUUACAUGUUUUGUUAAUCUUUCAAGAAAUAAGACAGUUGGAGUGCGUCUUGGAUCAGGGGAGAAGCUUGAUGAUAUACUCAGUUCCAUGAACCAGGUGGCAGAAGGUGUAUCAACAGCAGGGGCUGUGAUUGCAUUAGCCCAGAAAUAUAAUGUUAAGAUGCCAGUUUUGACAGCAGUUGCUCGGAUCGUAGAUAAUGAACUGACUCCCAAAAAGGCUGUUCUGGAAUUGAUGAGACUCCCUCAGGUCGAGGAAGUGUAAGAAGGUGGGAGGUUUUGAAAUGCCUCAUUUCAUUCCAACAGCAAUUUUUUUGCAGAGUCAGCUUAAUCAAAUUCUUGUUUACCUAAUUUUAUUAUUAUGUAAAUGCUACUCUGCCAUAAAUUUUGGCUCAGGGAAAGGUUUUGUAAAGUAAGGGUAAAAAUUUAUAUAUGUUUUCCCUUUCAAGGCAAUAAUUGAUGGUUCUUUGGAUAAA